AUGGUCAGCUUAGUGCCGCCGCCAGAAGUUGUUGCCACAUGGCCACGACCUAAUUAUGUGGAUCCCGUGACCAGAGGAGAUGGCUUGAUCUACAUGGGAAUCAUCCUCGGAGUAUUCGGUAUAUUGGUCGUGUCUGCACGGCUAUACUCCAGGCUCUUCAUAACGAAGGCCCCAGGCAUCGAUGAUGCGCUGAUCAUCUACGGACUCAUUGCCGGAAUCGUCCUGAACGCGCUGGUCAUAGUAGGGAACACGCUCUACCAUAGCGGAGUGCAUGUGUGGGAUGUGGAACUCAAACUCGCGAAGGGCCAUCGACUCAACGUCUGGCUGGCUCAGUGGAUGUAUCUCACGGGCACAGGAGCCAUCAAGAUCUCGGUCCUUUUGUUCUAUCGCCGACUAAGUGUUUCAUUCAGCAAAGGCUUUCGAUGGGCGACGUGGGUUGGUAUCGGAUACAACAUCAUUCAACUUACCGCCUUCGGUUUCUCGCUGCUCUUCGUCUGCGUUCCAGUGCAAGCCUACUGGCUGGCCUUCGACGUCAAAUGGGCUUUGGCUAAUAAGGGAAAGUACAAGUGUGUCAACGAAGGCUAUGGCCUGACUCUCUCUGCUUGUUUCUCUGUGGUCGGAGAUCUCUAUGCGGCACUGCUUCCAACAAUCCUGGUAUCGCGACUUCAGAUGCCGCGAAGACAGAAAUAUGCUGUUGCAGGGUUGUUUGCAGUCUGCUACAUCGUAGUCGGCCUCGGAAUUGGUCGCGUAGUCCUGCUAAAUCGAGUCACUCUGAAGACGUACGACUUCACGUGGGAGCUGUGGGAGAUGUGGAUCUGGACGUUGCUGGAAUUCUGGGUCGGGCUGUGCGCGGCCUCAGCGCCUGCCUUGAAGCCAUUCUUCAAGCGAUUCCUCAUAGGACCCCUGUCCCACGUUAUCGGAACGAAUGGUAGUGGGGAGGAUUCGGUCAAGAAACCGACCAUUGGCGGGACGGGAAUGCCCCCAAUUCGACGUCGCAGCUGGAACUGUAUCAGUCCAUCAGAAGAAGCUAAGAUGGCGACAACCGCGAACAUCGAAGAACUACUCAAGCCGGUACCAAUGAGCACGAUAGCAGAGUCUCCGGAAUGGUCUCCGGGUCAUCAUCUGGAACGUGGCGAGAACAAUCCAGCAGCGCAGAAUUGGCAGCGUACGUUGAUGCGUUUUGAUGAUACUCCCAUGAUCAACGGGCACCAAAAACCUCUUCCUACUGUCAACCCACAACCGGCGAAGCAUGAUGACAGGGCUCAUCUCGAUCGAUCCGACAGCACUCGGUCGGGCGGCAGAUCAAGCAUCGUCAAUCUCGACCAGCAUUAUCAGAACCCAGCAAAGUCGUCUACGAAUCCUGAGCGUCAUCAACGCAAGGUCUCGCAGCACAUUAGUACCCAAUUGCGAAAUCUUGAUAGCACCCAGCUGAAUGCAACGCCGCAUCCCUUAAGGAGCAACCCAAGGUGGCAUGCACCGCCUCCGGUUCCCUCUAAUGCUCAACUACGCGAUGAGUACGGCAGCCACGCUACGAAAGCCGGCGAGCAUAGCACUGGAGCAUCUGUUAACAACAUCGCUGAUUGCACUAUGUGUGACGAAUACUCUCUAGACUGCAACCACCGAAGCGGCAACGACGAAGGUAGGCGGAAAAUAGCCCCGGGGAGAAGCCACAACACUCGGCAAGAUCGCCAAAUAAGCUGGAUAACGAUGGACGAUGAGAAUUCGAAUGAACGAGAGCAGAUUGCCCGAAGAGAGGAGGAGGCCAAGCGGACGAUGAGAUAUGCUAGGCGAGGACUCAAUGCCGUGUCUCUGCAAGCACCUCAGCUUGGGGGGAACGGUGACGAAGACCGCUACAAUUCUGGUCGGAGAAGCCAUGACGAUGAUCAGGACAGCCUUAUCCUUCCGCAUAUGAUGUUGCCUACCAGAUGA